AUGCUGAACAGCCAGCUGAUAUUCGGCCACUAUCGGGAUGAUCUCGAGUCCGGCUUAUCUGAAUUCUUCACCUUUGCUGAUUCAUGUUUUUCCCCAACUCCACUGCCUGUACCAUCAGAGUCUACUUUAGAUUCUGCUUUAUCUUCUAGCCGAUUCAAUCGGAUCCCUAGCGCGAGAAAUGGACGUAGACUAGGACCUCGAUCUUCCAGUUGUCACCGCGACCCAGUUAUCUCUUGUGCGCCGGCUAUUUGUGUCGAUGAUGAUAGUUUCUCAUUCCUCGAAAAUGCACCAAGUCCCAAUGGUGCUCGUCUACUUAGGCCGGAGGAAUCAAAAGAAUCGGCCCACACCAUCCAGCCUUCAGAUAAUUCCUGGAAGAUGAGUGACUGCGACUCUUCCUCAUCAUACUCAGACAGCACAAACUCUUUUGGGAUAAAGCCUUCUUUGGACUGCUCGCACCGCUAUGAGCCCUUUAAAGACAAUCUGGAUCGAUUUAUUCGUGGGCUCGUUCUGCCCGGUCUUCUUUUCGACUGGGACAAAGUUCCAUCACCUAAACAACUAACUCACCUUCUCAAAGAUCCUGCCGUGAUGACAAAAAAAUUUGCCAAACACAAUUUCGCUAAACGCCUCAUCAAAUCUCAAUUGAUCUUCCCGUCCUCCUCUCUUCUUCUCCUUAAGCCUAUCCAGCAGCCGCAAAUAGUUCAUACCCAAUUGCCUGCUCUCGUUCCUCCUGUUCAGGGUGAUCGCUGUUUUUUUGAGUUCUAUAAACUCCCCAAUCUUAUGCUUUAUGUGAAGUUUCCGUAA